AUGGCUACCUCAGAGGCUGGCGAGGCAGCAAAUCAAGGCCGGAAUGCAGUUAGAAAGGCUCUCGAUGCAGCAAAGACGGGCAGCCAAGAAGCCAAAUCCGAGGCUGCCACUGCCGCUGAGAAUGUGGCCCAAAAGACGAAGGACUUAUCGGGGAAAGUGUCGGACACCGCGCAAGAUGCAGCGGGAAAAGUGAAGCAAACUGCGCAGGACGCAUGGGGUUCAGUUGAGGACACCACUCAGAAAAUCAAAGACACGAUGGUGGGCAAGGCCGAGGAAUCCACAGAAAGCAUGAAGGAGACUAUGAGAGAAGGAUCAGCAAAACUCAAGGACAACAUGAAGAAUUAA